CUUCCUCAAAAUAAAUAAAUAAAAUAGAUAAAUGGUUGAUGAAUGAGUAUAUGAAAGGAAGAGAACAGAUCUCUGGGGCAGGUGAAGUGACUCUUAUUCCACAGGCGCCUCCUGGAGCCCAGGGGCAUGGUCUCUGCUCACACCUUUCUCAUACCUGGGGUUUGUGUCACUGGACGAUAAUGGCAGCAGUGAACUUGUGUUGAGGGCUUGCUAUGUGCCAGGCACAGUACUAAACACUUUUCCUUCGGUAUCCUGGUUGAUUCUCACAGCCUUUUGAGGGAAGGUACUAUUUUUAAGUUCUGUAUUAAAGAUGAGGAAACAGGUUUUAGAGACAUUCACAAAGACAAGAGUAGGUGGAACUGGGUUGAAAUUCCAGAGCCUCUGUGAUGAACUGGGAUCCUCUCUGGAUGGGCAGUGUGGGAACACUCGGCCUUCUUCUCCUUCCUCCUUCAUAGCAGGGGUGAAGCAGAAGAAUGGACAUAAGAUUCUGGUAUGAAGACUGUGCGAUGGGUUCCCCUCUCCCCACCCUUCUUGGCUUGAAGGGCUUGUGGUCUGCACUGCCCGCCACCAGAGGGGGCAGGGGUGGGGCAGCCCAGUGGGCGCUGCCUCCCCGCAGCUGUCACUGCGGUGCCUGGUGUCCAUCUGGGGCAGCCAUUACUCCAGAGGAACAUUGAGGCUGAGACAACCUCCCCACCACACACCAACGAACGUUCCCAGAUUGAGACCUUCCAUCUAAGUGCCCUCAGACUGAGAGACCUCUGAGGAAGCCCCAGCCUGGGAUUCCUUGAGGCACCAUUUGGCCGAGACAUUCCAGAGUGGAUCUCACGGGGGCUUCCUCCAAACCAGAGACCCUAGGAGAGACUCUUGACGAGAGACUCCUCAGAGGGACCCCAGGUUGAGUCACUCCUGGAGAAGCCCUCAGAUUGGGAGACCCUCAGAGAGGUCCUCAGAGCAACACAGAGUGAGACACUCUUGGGAGGGCCUUUUCAUGGAAGGACACUUCUAGAUGCACUCGACUGAGGCCAGAAGUACAGCGGGGCCCGAGGAGGAGACGCAAGGGGCCGUGUUGGGAGGCACACUUCAGCUUCCGGGCCCGCCUCAUCCUUGCCUUUACCUGCACUGACUCCCCUGCCGCUCUCCCUUCCCUGUCCCGGCAGGUGAGGGGCCCCUUGGGUUGUGCAGAGGCUUCCUGGGAUGUCCUCCACACUGGACUGGAGGAGUUGGGAUCGGGAAGGCAUGGGGUUCUGGGGGAGGGAGGAGCAGGCAGCCCAACCAGUUUGGAGAGGUUGUUAACAGCCAGGUAAUCCGCUUGGGCCUCACACGUGGCUGUGCACGCUGGCAGAGGGGAGCCCCAGGGGGGUCAGGGCCGCACUCGGUGAGGCCCCUCUGCCUGGCUGCCCUACUCCGGCUCCUUCCUCACCUGUUGACCGUGGGGACUGCAGGCUCGAGUGUCACCACCCAAACUGGCCCUGGUGCGAGCAGUAUGAGUGUGUGUGUGUGUGUGUGUGUGUAAAAGAGAGAGAGACAUCAAAGUACAGAGAGGUCCCUGGGGACCUCUCUCAGCUCACAUGUCCCUCACUCCCUGUGGACCACAGCCCUGUGUUAUCAGCCUCUGCUUCUCCUUCGUUCCUGGUAUUGAUUCAAAGCCCCUCCACUCCCCUGCCCUGCAAUUCCUCCGGGACUUUCCUCCCAGGCUCGCCCCCACAGUGUCGCCAAGGCCCCCUUCUGCCCUCCCAACCUCCCCUUCCCCUUCCCUUGCCUUGAUUCUGCUUGCUGGUCUGGGGCCAGGGCCCCCAGCCCCAUCCCUCCAGGGUUCCCUCCGGUGGCACAGUGGGCAGGCUCUCAGAACUCUGGCCAAUAGAGGGUGGGGCCCACACUGCUGGCCUACAGCCCAGGCUGCUGCAAUAACAGGGGUGGCUUAGGGAUGAGGCCCAGCCCCCUGCCUUCCCUCCCUGCCCCCAGGUAUAAGAGCUGAGCUCAGGUGAGCUGACUCCCAACAUCCGGUCCCAGCAGCUGCUAGCAGGUAAGGAGACCCAGGGCUUUUCACCCAAAUGGCUGCCCCUGUCCAGAGGACACACUUAGCUUAUUCUGCCCUGGCCUGCCCGGAGAAGGGCAGGGGGCCAGGGCCCGGAUGCUGGUGUGUGUGUGUGUGUGUGUGUGUGUGUAGCAGAGGUGAAUGGUGGGAAGAAGUGGGGAGAUUGAUCUAAAGUGAGACCCAAGGGGUUCCCUCUGGAUGGGGAGCCUGGGGUCUGUGAUCUUAGCUCCUGGAUCCUUCACAGGGACCAAGCCUCGUGUGGAGUUGGCUCUGACCCCCUGAGCGAGGCACCAAAUACUGAGGGUACAGCCUGGCCUCAGUCUUCCUCUUUCUCUAGGUAGAUCAUGAGCCAUCGGCUCCUCUGAGGCUGCUGUAGGACGACACGGCUCUCACCAGGACAAGACACGAGUCACCAUGGGGCAGUGUCGGUCAGCCAAUGCUGAGGAUGCCCAGGAAUUCAGUGACGUGGAGAGGGCCAUUGAGACCCUCAUCAAGAACUUCCACCAGUACUCUGUGGAGGGUGGCAAGGAGUCGCUGACCCCUUCCGAGCUACAGGACCUGGUCACCCAGCAGCUGCCCCACCUCAUGCCGAGCAACUGUGGCCUGGAAGAGAAAAUCGCCAACUUGGGCAGCUGUAAUGACUCCAAACUGGAGUUUGGGAGUUUCUGGGAGCUGAUUGGAGAAGCAGCCAGGAGUGUGAAGCUGGAGAGCCCUGUCCGAGGGAGCUGAGAACCUUCUUCUGGAAUUCUUGGGGGGAUGUUGGGGAAAGGGGACCUUAGAGACCAUGGGCCUAGAAACUCCUCUCCUCCACCACACGGUUCCACAGUCUGCACCUGCCUCCCCUCUGCAAGGUUCAAGCCCUUAGUGAUCCUUCUCAGGGGUCUCUGUGUACUUCUGGACACAGAGUUCACACUCUGUGAACUCCUGGGAGCUCCGUGGGACUAAUGGGCCCAGGAGUCCCCACCAGCGGGAGGCUCGGGGGCAGGCUGGGCCCAGGGGCGGGUGUGACAAGAUGCUGGAGGGCUAAGGGUGGGCUAAGGCCACGUGAUCUGGUGUGGGGAAGGGCAGAGAGGAGGCGGGCUACUGGGUCUGAUAUGAAGAGGAGGGCUGGGAAUGGGGCUGUAUAUUUGGUACUAACAAGGGUCUCUGGGAGCCUACCCUUCCUAAUCUCUUCUCCAACCCAAACAGAAACUGUCUGUCCAGUGUCUGGCUCUGCCCCAGCCUCCUCCCAGGACCCUGUCCCUGGGCUAGGGGAGGGGAAGAGAGAAAGCAGGCUGGGGGAGAGGCCGAGGAGGGUGUCACUUUGGGAGAGGGCCCGCUGGGUGCCUGGGCAUUUAAAGAAUGAUGGUUGUUUUGUAUCACGUGAUUAAUAAAAAAAAUGGAAA